AUGGAUUGCAUUCCUUCUUCAAGCAUUGGUACUACAAGUCAGCACAAGAAAAGAGGCCAUAAUAGGUCUAUCAAAACAGAGAAGAUGAAACCAGGAGAAGUGAGGAAAGUGCUACUCAAUGUGCAUGGCCAGGGAAUUAAUGAUAUCACAUCCGAAUUCAUAACUUGGAUGGGGACUUUGGUGAGGAAUGGUAAUAACCUCCCUUAUAAUUAUCAUGACUGGCGAAAAGUGCCGGUUCACUAUAAAGAAGCAUUAUGGAAUAAAAUGCAGGAUAAAUAUGAAGUGCUUGUUCUAGGAAGAAAAUGGGCUUUUGCAAAGAUGGGAUUACAAUGGAAGGCCUUUAAAAGAGAACUAAGAAGAAAAUUUUUUGAUAAAUCUGAAAGCAUAGAUGAGGUGAUUGAGAAAUGUCCAGCAAUGGUUCCACUAGAUCAAUGGAAAAGCCUGAUAGAUAUAUGGAUGAGUGCAAAGAACAAGAAACUUCGUAAUGAUAAUAAAAAAAAUAGACAACUCCAAAAAAUGAAUCAUACUUGUGGGCGAAGAAGUUAUGCCCAACGUUUUUACCUAAAGAAAACAGAGAAUCUUGAAGGUGUGGAGCCUACAAGGCUACAAAUGUUUGUUGAAACACAUACAAGGAAGGACGAUACUCCUGUUGAUCCUGUUUCAGCCCAAAAAAUGAGAGAUCUCUACGAGGACUUGAACAAAGUGUCUGAAGAAAAUAAAAAUAACCUUUCAGUCCAUGAAACCAUCUUCACUAAGAAUUUGGGCAAAGAUACCCAUGGUCGGGUUCGUCUACGGGGAGUGGGAGGCAUUGGUAUCUUGCUUGAUGGGAUAUUUGGUGGUGUUGUUGUCACUCUAAUUAUGGAGCGAGAAAAUAGAGAACUGAAGAAUCAGGUUUCAGAAUGCUUUCUAGACCCAGAACCUAUUCCAAGAAUGCAUAUUAAACAGAGCCUAAGGCUGUUUUUUGAUAUGCAUUCCCAUUCUGAGAAUACUUGUGCUCUUUACGCUGCAGUUGAGGAUUCCGCAGACAUGGCGAGACUGAUAAUAUAA